AUGCAGUGCAAGCUUCGCCCACUUGAAGCUAUUUGCGUGGCAGGCGCUGUAGAAGAUUGCUUAGAUAGGCUACGCGUUUUACAAAGUCUCACUCCUUCUGUAAUUACUCAGAGAGACGAAUUAUCAAAUAUUCUCGGAAAUACAGUUGCUCAAAUUAUCAAAGAACAAAAAGUAUGUGAAGAGAAGUAUGAAGUUUUAGUUAAACGCCGCUCUGAACUUAAAUCUCUCUCAAACAAAACUCGUUAUAAAAAGAAUCAAGACAAAAUCGAAGCUCAAGCACAUGAGCUUCAAGAAUUAACACGUGAAUUAUGCAAGCAUCUUCGUGAGUCACCUAAUGUUUCUCAAAACUUGCUCAAAAUCCAAACAGAAAGAACGGAUCUAAUUACACAUUUCGAAUCAUUUAGAAAGGAACUAUUAUCAACAUAUUCAUUCCAGGGUAUCUACGAAUGGGCAUCAGGUCGUACUACUGCCUACAACAAAAUGAUGCAAAUUAUGCAACAAGACAAAGACAUGCAAAAGGAAAUCAAAGAUCUCGAUGAAAAGAUCCGCAAGACAGAGGCAGAAAUGGCACGCCAGCUUGAAGAUCUUGAUAUAAAGAUCAAAGCCAGUAAAGAAGAAUUACAACAAACUCAAGCCAGAAUAGAAGAUGUCAAAGCAAACAGAGAUGAUGAACGUCAAGCCCGCCUUGAAGCGCAACAGAAUAUGAACGAAUUAAAUCAAUCUAGACUGACGCAACAAGUUAUUAACGCUAAAUUACAGCUUCAGAACGAAAAGAACGUUCAUUCUGUUACUCUCUCAUACUUUGACAGACGCAGGGCACACAUAAACCAAAUGAUGAAGGAAUGGACUGACAAAUACGAAACAGAUGUCAAAGCAGAGACAGAAAAACUCCAGGGAUUCAAGAGAAGGAUUGAUGCGGCUACAACAGACUACAAUGAACUGAAGCCUGAGAAAGAAGAAGCCGAGAGAUUGAUGCAUUUGGAAACAGAAAGAGCAAAAGAAAGAGCUAAGCAGAAUGAAAUGAGAAACUCACAGACAACUGUGAUGAAUAAGAUAAAGAUCCUUUAUUUGUUGCAUUCUAAGAUUAGAGGACCUCUUCCAAAGCCAAAACGCGGAAAAAAGAAGAAAUAA